GGCGCACGGCACCCUUAUAAAUGCCUACAAAUCUCCAGCAGUUCAUCCAAACCACUUGCUGCUGUCGGGUGUCGCGUGUUUACAAAGGAAAGCGGUGAGAGCAGCGCGCGCUUGGUCUGACACAGACAGCUGUGGGAUUUUAUCCAGUGCUGGGACAGGACAUGAUGAACUCCGUGGACGCGCAGCUCCACCACAGUUCUGCCCCCGCCGCGAGUCCUCUCCAGCCCAAGAGCGCGCACGACGCGCCAGAGAUGGCUGUGUACUGCGACAACUUCGUUUAUCACCAGCAGAGUGUAGCGAGCGCGCAAAGGCCAGCUGGGUACGGCCUUGGCGAGUACGCGUCUACACCAAACCCUUACCUAUGGCUCAACGGACCCGGAGUCAAUUCCUCUCCAUCAUACUUACACGGAAACAACAGCCCGUCGUUCAUCGCACCGUCUUACGGCUCCCAGAGGCAGUACCUCGCCAACUCGCCCGGGUUCGCGGGUCCUGACCUCGGCUGGCUCUCCAUCGCAAGUCAGGAGGAGCUGCUGAAGCUCGUGCGCCCACCUUACUCCUACUCUGCGCUCAUCGCCAUGGCCAUCCAAAACGCGCACGAGAAAAAGCUUACAUUGAGCCAAAUCUACCAGUACGUGGCGGACAAUUUCCCGUUUUAUAAGAAGAGCAAAGCGGGCUGGCAGAACUCCAUCAGGCACAACCUCUCCCUGAACGACUGCUUUAAGAAAGUUCCGCGCGACGAGGAUGAUCCAGGAAAAGGAAACUAUUGGACUUUGGACCCCAACUGUGAAAAAAUGUUUGACAACGGAAACUUCCGCCGAAAAAGAAAGCGCAGGUCAGAAGCGGGCACCGGGAUUCCCGGUGGUACCAAAGCCGAGGAUGGCAGGCAUAUUGCAGGUGUGAAGUCCUCUGAGAGCGCGCACCUGGGCGGGGGCGUGUCUCCGGAAAUAGACACAGAAGCCAAUGAGAGCCACCGAAGCGCGUCUCCAACGGCUCCUGCGUCAGCACCUUGCUUCAACAGCUUCUUCAGCACCAUGUCCGGAAUGAGCUCGGCCCCGGGUCCGGCCGUUAGACAGGGCUCCCUGGGGCUAAUCAGCGAGCUGUCCAGUCGGAACAUAAGCGCUCUAAGCCCGUAUCACGGCGCGUCUGCGACCGACGCUGCGCCGCACGGGGAGCAAAACGACCACACCGUGCACCCGAACCGGCCCACGUAUUCAAGCGCGUUCGGUGGCGCUCAAAAUGCGCAGUACAACGGCCACUUCUACAACAGCUUCAGCGUGAACAGUCUCAUAUACCCCAGAGAGGGCACGGAGUUAUAAUUACGGAACGUCCUCAGUGUGGCUUAGGACAGCUUUGUCUGAUCUUUUUUUAAAGACAUUUUCACAGUUUAACCUUGAAAUUAAAAUAUCUAAUAGUAAAAAAAAAAAAAAAACUACAUAACAAAAUACACGGUACUGAAUCAAGCUUUACUGUGUUUAUUGCGUCCACCGAGACUUGUAUAAACACCAUAGGCCUAAGAGUUAUUUCAGUAGGCCUAUAGUAGGUAUUAAAUUAACACUUCAAAAAGUAACUCAACGCUAGAAGUGGUAAUUUAACACUGGACAUGGUGACACUGGGGAUUUCGCUGUGUAGCAGGGUGUAAGCUUAGCUCAGCUUGUGCAACAGACAAAUGAAAGUAUGCAUUCAUGGUCAGCUGUGUGCAUCUUGGAUUUACCUCCCUUCAGGAUUUUUAGUCCAAACAUAUUUUUUUGUUGUUCAUAUUCUAGUUUAGAUAACUUACACUUUUGACACACACUUUAUUAUGGAGCAAUCCUAAUUCAUUUUGUGGUUUAUUAAUGGUUGGUUGUAUUUCUGAGGAAACUUGCGAUACAGCCUAAACAAUUCUAAAUGCAACAUUGUAAUUGGUGGGAAAUGCAAAUGUAUCCACCUUAAACAUUAGUGCUCUCAGCUGUACCAGCCUUUCUCUCAAGCUUUAUCUCUGUCUCUUUACCACUGUGUUUUAAUGUGUAUUUUUUGUAAAUUAUAUAGUUAUUUUAAAAUAUAUAUUUAAAUUAAAUUAUGUAUUUUUGUAGUCUGUUUCAGAGGACAAAGAUAUAUUUCGUAUUUGGAUUAUAAAUUAUGAAGACAAAAGCAAAAGUGCCACUCAGCUAAUCUUCAGGAUCAUUUGGAAUGUUUGUCCACACUUAAACGUAAAAUAACUGGACAUUUCCCCUGUUUUUAUGAACAUGCAGAUAUUUCCCCUGUUUUUAAGAAAAUUACAAUCUGAAUUUUUUUUUAUCCUUAAAUCUCUUGUAUGAUAUUAUUAUGUUUAUGUUUGUAUUAUUAUGUAUUAUUAUUUAUGUGUUCUCUGACCUUUUGUACUUUUUAUAAAUAUAGUUGGAAAAAAAAUCUAAAUUUAUAAAAUGUAAUUCCUA